AUGAGUGAAGAAGAAUAUCAAACACAAGAAAUAAGUUUAUUAAAAGAUAAAGAAGAAGAACAAAAAGAAGAAAAAAACCCAAGAAUAAAAGACAAAGAAGAAAAAGAAGAGAUAAUAAAGAAAGAAAUAAAUGAUAGAAAAGAAUAUUAUAAAAAGAAAAACAGUGAAACAGUAAUUUGUCCAUUUAAUAGUGAACAUAUAAUAAAAAAAAGAAAAUAUUUAAGACAUAUUAGAGGAUGUCCAAAUAAUCCAACAAGAAAAGCUACAUAUGGGAAAAAAUAUAUAGUAGAAAAUAUUAAUCGACCAAUAAUUAAAGAAAGUAUUACAAAAGAAAUUGAAAUUAAAAGAUUACUUCCAUUUUUAGAAGAUAAAAUUAUUGAGAAAGGGAUUGAUAAAGAAAGAAAAGGAAGUGAAUUUAUUAGAUGUGAAUGUAAUAAAUUAACAUUGAGUCAAUUUGGAGAAGAAGAAAUUAAAAUAAUGAAAGAACGAGUUAAAAUUAUUUAUAAUUAUAUGGAGAAAAAAUAUACAGAUAUAUUUAAAGGAAUAAAAAAUAAUAUUGAAAAAGAAGGAAAAGAAGAUGAAUUAAUUGAAGAAAAAGAAAUAAAAAAUAUUGAAAUGCCAGAAGGAUGGGAAUUUCAAUCAGAAAAACAUAGUAAACAAUGUAUUUCAAUAAUAAAACAUUUAAUAGAUAAAAAAAUAAUAAUAAAUGAAGGAGAUAAAAAACAAAAUAUUAUAGAAAGUGGAGCAGGAACAGGAAUGUUAUCAGCAUAUUAUUCAUUAAUUCCACAUUCAAAUAAUACAAGAAUUUAUCUUAUAGAUAGAAUGACAGGAUUAAGAAAAAAAUAUGAUAGAUUUAGUAAAAGAAAUGGUGAUCAAAUAACAAGAAUUGCAGCAGAUUUAAGUGAUAUUGAUCUUAAUCAAUUAAUUGAUGAAAUUGAAAUUAAUGAUAAAAUUAAAACACUUGAAAAUUCUACUACUAUUAUUGGUAAACAUUUAUGUGGAUCAGCUACUGAUAUGGCUUUAAGAAUGGCAAUUUCAUUAACAAAAACAAAAAGAUUAAGAGGAAUAGGUAUUGCAUUGUGUUGUCAUUUUAAAGGAGAUGGUCAUGAUGAUUGUACUAUUGAUUUCUUUAAUACUUUAGGUGUAAGAAUCUCUGAAUUAACUCUUAUUCAUCGGAUGGCUGCUUGGGGUAUUUCUUUAAAUAAUUCUAAUGAAAAAACUGAUGAUCUUGACAAAAAAUUAGUCGGUCAAAUGUGUCGAAGUAUACUUAAUGUGGCAAGAGUUGUAUGGUUAAAAAAUCAAACAAAAUGUAUUAUUAUGGGCAAAAUCAAAUAUGAUUAA